AUGGCCGUCAUGGGCUCAGAAAAGGACAAAGAUGAUUCGCCUCAUUCAAUCCGUGAGAAUGAAAUUUCUGGAAGUGGGGACCCUACCGAUGUCGACUACUCAGUCUUUACCGAUAGCCAACGCCGAUACAUUGUGUUUAUGGCGUCUUGGGCUGGGUUUUUCUCGCCUGUCUCUUCACAAAUCUACUUCCCCGCUCUAAAUACCUUGGCGAAAGAUCUUCAUGUUUCAAAUUCGUUGAUAAACCUGACUUUGACCAGUUACAUGAUCUUUCAAGGGCUGUCGCCCAUGUUCAUCGGGGAUUUUGCAGACAAGGCAGGGCGACGACCAGCGUACUUCGUCUGCUUCAUCAUCUACAUCGCUGCAAACAUAGGCCUUGCUCUCCAAAGCAACUAUGCUGCACUCUUUGUCCUUCGAUGUCUGCAAAGUGCAGGAAGUAGCACCACUAUUGCCCUCUCGUCUGGGGUGGUCUCUGAUGUGGCCACUGCUUCCCAACGAGGGUCAUACAUGGGCUUCGUCACAGCAGGGUCUUUAUUAGGUCCUUCCGUCGGACCGGUGGUUGGAGGUCUACUAGCUCAGUACCUGGGAUGGAGAGCUAUCUUUUGGUUCCUGACCAUCUUUGCCGGCGCCUUCUUAGUUCCAUUCCUCAUUUUCUUCCCAGAGACCGCUCGAGGCAUCGUGGGAGACGGCUCACUUCCACCACAAAAAUGGAACAUGCCUUGGGUCAGUUACCUGAAGUCCCGGAAAACCAACGAAGAGAGACCUGUGUCAACAGGUGCGUCCAAGCACAAACUCAAGUUCCCCAAUCCGUUUGAGACUCUUGUCAUUGCAUUCCAGAAGGACACAAGCCUGAUUCUUUUUUGCAACGCGAUUCUCUUUGCUGGAUUCUAUGAUGUCAGCGCGACUAUUCCUUCGAUCUACAAUGAUCUCUACGGUCUGAACGAUCUCCAGAUUGGGCUAUGCUAUAUACCCUUUGGUCUCGGGGCCACUAUAGCUUCAAUUGUCAAUGGGAAAUUCCUAGACCACAACUAUCGUCGCAUUGCGAAGAAGGUCAAUUUUCCCUUGACCAAAAAUCGGGAUACCGAUCUGCGGGAGUUCCCUAUUGAAAAGGCUCGACUUCAGAUCGCUUUUCCUCUCCUCGCGCUGGGGAGUCUGAGUGUCCUUGCGUUUGGAUGGGUCCUUAACUAUCGAGUGCAUCUUGCCGCGCCAACAUGCAUUCUGUUCAUAAUGGGACUGACGUUGACGGGGGCAUUUAAUACCAUCAGUACGUUACUGGUGGAUCUUUAUCCAACCCAGGCGGCCAAGGCAACUGCCGCCAACAACUUCAUGCGUUGCUUGCUAGGAGCUGGUGCAACGGCCCUGAUCGACCCUAUGCUUGCGGCAAUGGGCAAGGGCUGGUGCUUCACAUUCAUCGCAUUGGUGAUGCUUGCAACCACACCACUGCUUUUGAUUGUGAUUCGCCGAGGGCCCAACUGGCGCGAGGAACGUCGUCUGAAACAAAUGAUCAAGAAAUGA